GAUUCGAACGCCGCGGCGGUGGCGGCUGAGGGAAGGAAAGAUCCAGCUCGGCAUCGGCCUCUCUCUUUCCACCCAACCUUCGCUUCAAACGCACGAAAACAAUCCGCUGCGCAAGCGCAGUCCGCCCCUGUGCGCGAGCCGCGGCUCUCGAGUUCGCCGGCGUUGUUGCGCGCGACUCUCGCCGCCGCCUUCCGCUCUCCUCAUCCUCUCCACGCCCGUUCAGUGGCGAUGCUGAGCGGAGACGAAGGAGAAGAGGAGACAGCCGCGUCUGCCUCCACAGGAGGGGGCGCUCCUUCGCCGACCCCCGUCGCCUCACCCCGAGCGACGACAGCGACCGCAGAGCAAGCGGGGGCCGCCAUAACCGACGCCCCCGUUCAAGAAGAAGGAGCAGCGGACGGCGAUGAGGAGAAAAAGGACGACGACGACGAGGAGGAGGAAGCGGCGGCGGCGGCGGCAGCAGCUGAGGCGGAGCGAGACACCCGGCAGCGUUACGAGGACCUGUGCAGCAGCCUCAACAUGGACGAGCGCGCUCGAGCUGAGGCCUGGCUGAGCUACCAGAGCAUGAGGAGGAAUUACACCCUGGAGGGAAAUGAUCUACAUUGGCUAGCAUGUUCUUUAUACGUGGCUUGCAGAAAAGCUGUCCCAACAGUGAGCAGAGGAACCGUUGAAGGAAACUAUGUAUCUUUAAUAAGAAUAUUGCGCUGCUCAGGACAAAGUUUGAUAGAAUUUUUUAACAAGAUGAAGAAAUGGGAAGAUAUGGCAAAUCUACCCUCCCAGUUCAGAGAACGUACCACAAGAUUAGAAAGAAACUUUACAGUUUCUGCUGUAAUUUUUAAGAAGUAUGAACCCAUUUUUCAGGAUAUUUUCAAGUACCCUCAAGAUGACCAACCACGCCAGCAGAGAGGAAGAAAACAAAGGAGACAGCCUUGCACAGUCUCUGAAGUUUUUCAGUUUUCCUGGGUGCUGUUUGUUUAUGCAAAAGGCAAUUUCCCUAUGAUCAGUGAUGACUUAGUCAAUUCCUACCAUCUGUUAUUAUGUGUCCUCGAUCUAGUCUAUGGAAAUGCUCUCCAGUGCCCAAAUCGUAAGGAGCUUCUGAAUCCUAGUUUUAAAGGGCUGCCUGAAGACUUCCAUAGUAAAGAUUUUAAGGUGUUGUCUGAAACUCCUUGCAUCAUUGAAAAGCUCUGCUCCUUACAUGAUGGUUUAGUAUUGGAGGCCAAGGGUAUAAAAGAACAUUUUUGGAAGCCCUAUGUCAGGAAACUUUUUGAAAAAAAGAUUCUAAAGGGAAAGGAAGAAAAUCUGAUGGGCUUUUUGGAUCCUGGAAACUUUGGAGAAAGCUUCAAAGCCAUCAACAAGGCCUAUGAGGAGUACAUAUUGUCAGUUGGAAAUCUAGAUGAGCGAAUAUUUCUUGGAGAUGAUGCAGAUGAAGAAAUAGGAACCUUGCAAAGAUGCUUAAAUACAGCCUCAGGCAUGGAAACAGCCAAAAGAGUUCAAGUGAAAUAUAAUCUGCAGGAGCAUUUUGAACGAGCAAAAUCCUUUAGAAUAGCAACACCUCUUACUGGUCGAAAGUAUAUAAAGGAGAGCGACCCGUGUACAAGUCCCAUUUCCAUAGCCACAUACAGCUUGACCCGACUUCAUACAAUGCUGACAGGCCUGAAAAAUGCCCCUAGUGAAAAUCUUGAGCAGAUUCUCAGGACUUGUUCCAGGAAUCCUUCUUUGUCAAUUGCCAACAGGGUGAAAGAAAUGUAUGACAUUUAUUGUCAGAGAACACCAUCACAGGGAGAACCUGGUAGCUUCUCUAAAGAAAUUGUUGGAAAACACUUUCGUCUUGCUGAGGUCCUUUAUUAUAAGGUAUUGGAGUCCGUCAUUGAGCAAGAAAAGAGAAGACUAGGAGAUGCUGAUUUAUCUGGGAUCCUGGAGCAUGAUGUGUUUCACAGAUCUCUCAUGGCUUGCUGCCUUGAGAUAAUUAUUUACUCUUACAAAGCAACUGAUAGUUUCCCAUUCAUCGCCGAUAUAUUUGAUGUUCCUGCCUUUCACUUUUAUAAGGUGAUAGAGAUUCUGAUUAGAGCAGAAGAUGGCCUUUGCAGAGAGGUAGUGAAGCACCUCAAUCACAUCGAAGAGCAGAUUUUAGAAAGUCUGGCAUGGAAAGUGGAAUCGCCGUUGUGGGACAAAAUCAAAGAAAAUGAAAAUAAAGUUCCCACAUGUGAGGAGGUAAUGCCAUCUCAGUAUUUUGAAAAGUCAAAUGGGAACAGUGUGGCAGGUUCCCCUUUAACCCCAAGGAGACUGAAUGAGAUUCGUGCUGAAACUGGAACACUGGGAAAGGGCCUUUCAUCUUCUCCAACCACGCUUUAUGAGAGAUACAGCUCUCCAACAAGUAACCCUACGAGGAGAAGGCUCUUUGUUGAUAAUGACCCCCCUACUGAGGCCACUCGGACUCCUGUGAGGGUCUCCCAGCAGCCCGUGAUCAGUACAAUGUCUGUUCAGAACGUCUCCACAGAAACAAUACCUGUCACUCCUGUGCCUGGGCAGACUUUAGUAACUGUAGCGACCGCAACUGUGACUGCAAAUAAUGGACAGACAGUUACAAUACCAGUACAAGGCAUUGCCAAUGAAAAUGGGGGAAUAACUUUCAUUCCAGUCCAGGUCAACGUAAGUGGGCAGGCCCAGCCACUGCCCAGUUCCAUCCAGCCUCUCAGUGCCCAGACCCUUGCUGGGACUCUCAGUACUCAACAAAUGACUGGCACAGCCCUUCAGUUACAAGGCCAGUUCCAGCAGAUUGCCCUUCCCGGGGAGCGACAAAAGCAGCAAAUGGGCAGUAGCAGUGCUAAGUCCAGGAAGGCCGGCUCACUCUCACUCUUCUUUAGAAAGGUAUUCCACUUAGCAAGCAUUCGUCUGAGGGAUCUCUGUCUCAAACUGGAUAUUUCAGAUGAGCUGAGGAAGAAAAUAUGGACAUGUUUUGAGUUUUCACUGGUACAGUGCUCUGAACUCAUGAUGGACCGGCAUUUAGACCAGCUCUUAAUGUGUGCCAUUUAUGUAAUAGCAAAGGUUACAAAAGAAGACACGUCAUUUCAGAACAUCAUGCGCUGCUAUAGGACCCAGCCACAAGCUAAGAGCCAAGUGUAUCGAAGUGUCCUGAUUAAAGGCAGAAGGCGAAGACAUUCAGGCAACAGUGACAGCAAUAACCAGCAGAAUUCCCCGACGGAAAGAAAUAAGGAUAGAACAAGCAGAGACUCCAGCCCAGUGAUGAGAUCUAGUAGCACCCUGCCAGUGCCACAGCCCAGCAGUGCUCCCCCUACUCCAACACGCUUGACUGGAGCAAACAGUGAAAUUGAGGAAGAAGAGCGUGGAGACCUGAUCCAGUUUUAUAACAAUGUCUAUAGUGACCGAAUUAAAGGCUUUGCCCUGAAGUACUCUUCAUCCAAUGGAGCUGAAGCUCCUCCCCUGUCUCCAUAUCCUUUUGUAAGAAGUGGCUCUCCCCGCAGAAUACAGCUUUCUCAGAAUCACUCGAUUUACAUCUCCCCUCACAAAAACGAGUCUGCACUUUCUCCACGUGAGAAAAUAUUCUAUUACUUUAGCAGCAGCCCAUCAAAGAGGCUUCAAGAGAUCAACAGUAUGAUUCGAACUGGGGAGACGUCAACAAAAAAGCGUGGCAUUGUCCUGGAGGAGGGGGCUGAAUCGCCCGCCAAGCGCAUCUGUCCAGAAAACCACACAGCCCUCCUGAGGAGGCUACAAGACGUGGCAAAUGACAGAGGUUCUCACUGACCUGGGGUUUUAUUUGUUCUUUUCCAUCUGUUAUGUUGCUAGUAGUGACAGAGCUUGCAAUCCUAAUACCUUUGAGGCACUUUCCAUGGAGAAAUGAAGUACGGUAUUUGAGCCUUUUCCAAGGAUGUGCUGCUUCUAGUACCAGGUGCACUGCAACUCUUGAAGAGGCUUCAGUCUACCUUACACCAGAGGACUGCAGCGCUAUAAUCCUACUGAGCUGGGAAGAAGUGGAGACUGUUUCCUCCAACAGUCUUGAUGCUGGGACAGAAAAAGGUCACACCCUCUCUUAACUUAGGCUAUGUGAGUGGCAAUAGCUGCAGUUAAAACCAGAGCUGUUUUAAUUUAUUGGCUUGAAGUGACUGAUAACAAGUCCAGUAGGAACCCCACUGAUAACUAAUUUUCCUACUAAAUUGAGAACAUUAUUUUUUGUGUGCUUAUUUGGUAAGCCUAUCAGUGUAAGGCUUGGAAUUUGUUGUAUUGGGAAGGAAAGGGUAAUUCAGAUGGUGAUGAUGGGACUGAUACUGUGACCUUGGCUACCUAUUUCAGGAAACUGGCAGUACUGAUGGCUCCAGCACACAUAGCAGGCUGUAGUUAAGACUACAUUGGAGCUAGACUAGAAAUUGUAUUUUAGGCAGUCUUUAGGAAAAAUUAAGGUCGUUCUUUCCUAGAUGUCUUUUUCAUGUGCUCUUCCAGUAAUUAAGAUAAUGGGGGGCACUUUAUGUAUGUACAACACUUUGGUUUUUAGCUGUGCAAUGUUUUAAGUGAAUUCCUACCCAGAGUAACUCUUAAACAGCUCUAAAGCAUUCUUUCGAAAUGCGGAUUAGAGGUGUGGCUACUUCACAAUGGCACUUUUUAAACAAAAUUAAAUAGCCAAACCAUAAUAUACAAGUUGUGCUGAAUUGCGUAAAUUGUAUUUAUUCUCAAAGUGCACGCUGGUAAUGUUCAGCUUCUAUAUGAAGAUUUUCUAGGGUGUAAUUACUAGCCUUCCCACUUGAGCAGCUGUAGGCAGUGCCUCCAAUAGCAGCUUUUGACAUUAAAUUACUCCUUUUGGAGAAAUGACUUACCAUUAUGUGGCAACAAUGCAGGGAUCCAAGUGCACUGCAAUGCUUAACCUAUAUUAGACUGUUUUUUACAAAUUAGCACUUUUAAGAAGAAAAUGGUGACAUGGACUUGCCAGCAAUCAGUCUGCACAAGGCAAAGCAGCUGAAAUUUGUCAUGAGCAAAACAAGCAAAAGGAGGCAGUGAAAAAUGGUGCACAACGGGCCAUCAAAUGGGUGAGUUUUAGAGUAGUGAGAUUACUCUUUUGAUAACUGCCAGUGUUUCUGAACAGUGGCCAUAUUGUGUUUUAAUGCUGGUGUACAAAUGUUUGCAGCAAAUAUACAGCAGUUUCAACCCUUUCUAAGAUAAAAUCAAAACUGUUAAAGCCUG